AUAUAAAGUAAAAACUUGACAGAAAAAAUAAAUAAAUGGGAUAAUUUGAAGAAGAGAAAAUUAUUAUACGAAAGGAAAGAUUAAUUUUAGUAUUUUUUUCAUUGCCAAUAAAGUUGGAACUGAAUCUUCAGUUUUCAGUUCCAAUAUCAUACAAAAAUGGCGGCAGUGACAAAGCUUCACUUAUGUACUUUCCAGAAAGACCAGCACUUUUGUUUCAAGGAACAACAACGGAACUGGCUUCAAGGGGGUUGUUUUGUACGGUUGCCCGUUAUAACUAGAAACCGUAAUGGGGUGUACGUGCAAAGGUGUCGGUCGUUUCGGGGAGAAGAUGGAAGGGAAGUGGAAGAGAAAGAGAUGGAAAGUGAGGGAAAGUAUGGGGAUGUGAAGGAAAACAGAGUGAAGUUGGAGAAAGGAGAUGGGUUUUGGAAAUCUUUGAGAUCUUCUGUUUUUGGGGUCAGUAAGUUUGGUUCUCAAUCUCAAGAUGAAUAUGAAAAAGCUGUGGCUAAAGUUGAGGAAGUUUUCUCUUCGAUUGCUAUGCAAAUAGGAAGAUAUAUUGUGACCAUGCUGAGCACUGGAGUGAUACUCUUGACUGGUUUUCAGUUAUCAGGUGGAGACAGUCAGAUGAAUACACUGAUUUGGUAUAGCUGGGUUGGAGGGAUUAUCAUUGGAACGAUGAUUGGAGCUAAUAUGGUUCUAGAUGAACACUGUCGAGCUGGUCCAAGAAAUGUUGUUAUAACUGGAAGCACUAGGGGACUGGGAAAAGCACUUGCUCGAGAAUUUCUUCUUUCAGGAGAUCGAGUGGUUGUUGCUUCUCGCAGUCCUGAGUCUGUUGACAUGACCAUCAAAGAACUCGAGGAGAACCUCAAGGAAGGUAUGACUGCAGGUGGCUCAUCUAGUAAGGAUCUCAAACGUGCAAAAGUGGUUGGCAUAACAUGUGAUGUUUGUGAUGCCAAUGAUGUUGAAAAAUUGGCCAAAUUUGCCAUUGAUGAACUUGGUUCUGUUGACAUUUGGAUAAAUAAUGCUGGCACUAACAAAGGUUUUAGACCAUUGCUACAGUUCAGUGAUGAAGAUAUUAAACAGAUUGUCUCAACAAAUCUUGUUGGUUCUAUUCUCUGCACUCGUGAAGCCAUGUGCAUCAUGAAAAACCAGCCAAAGGGGGGCCACAUUUUUAACAUGGAUGGUGCAGGUUCUGGGGGAUCUAGCACUCCUUUGACUGCUGUAUAUGGGUCAACGAAGUGUGGUCUUAGACAGCUUCAUGCAUCACUUUUGAAGGAGUGCAAGCGAUCUAAAGUGGGGAUCCAUACAGCAUCUCCAGGCAUGGUCCUUACAGAUUUGCUCUUGAGUGGCUCAACCAUAAAGAAUAAACAAAUGUUUAACAUUAUCUGUGAGCUUCCUGAAACUGUUGCUAGAAGUCUAGUUCCACGAAUGCGGGUUGUAAAGGGAACAGGGAAGGCCAUCAACUACUUGACCCCACCUCGGAUAUUACUGGCUUUAGUCACUGCCUGGCUUCGACAAGGUCGAUGGUUUGAUGAACAGGGUAGGGCAUUAUAUGCAGCAGAGGCAGACCGAAUUCGCAACUGGGCUGAAAACCGUACUCAGUUCUCCUUUACAGAUGCGAUGGAUAUGUACACUGAAAACACUUGGGUGUCUGUGUUCUCACUUUCGGUUGUUUGUGCCUUCAUUAUCCUUUCUAGCACGGGCAGCACGUAUCCUGGCACCUGAGACUUAAACAGUCGUAAUUUAAAAGCAUCAAGACUACAUUAUAGGAGUGCUCUUCGUCAAGGAGCUGAGUAGGAUGCCUGUGAUUGUAGAAGUGACGUAUGAUACGAUUCUAAAGUGUAAACAGCCGUUGCAUGGUUGGUUUUUUCACCUGCAACCUCUCAGGAUAUGCAUAUUAUCUAACAAUUGGAGAAUUCAUCGGUGGUCUUAGAGCAUGAGUCCAAAUGUUUGGACUUCCAUGUAUAUGAGCACUGGCUGGGACAAGCUUUGUAGGUUCUGAAUACACAAGAAAACACACAUUAGAUUUUUAUUGAAGCAUUCUUUAUUCCUAUACCUGCAACCUGUAUACAUUUAAUGACUGAAUUGUAAUGAAAUUUAGAUCCUUUAUUUAUUCA